AUGGGGAUCGUCCUGGGUCGGGUGAACGUGGAGACGCCGCAAUUCGCGGUGGAGGCGAAGAUGGAUACCUUUGAGAUUCGCCGAUACCCUCCGCAGAUGGUGGCGCAAGUGACGUACGACGGCGACCACCAGAACGGCAUCAACACAGCUUUUUCCGCGCUAGCAGGGUACAUAGGCGCGCUCUCCGCCCCUCAGAACCGACCUGCACCUGCCCAUUCGGACAGCCCGGGGGAGGGGGGUGAGAAAAUUGCCAUGACUGCUCCCGUGCUGACACACGUUGGAGGAGGAAAAGGAGGAGGAGAUGGAGGAGGAGAUGGAGGAGGAGGAGGGGAUGGGGGAGAGAAGAGCACUACUGGUGGUGAGAAGAUUGCCAUGACUGCUCCGGUGCUCACACAUGUUGCAGAAGGAGAAGGGGGAGAUGUGGGAAGAGGAGGGGAAGGAGGAGGAGAUGAGGCAGGGAAAGACAUUGCUGGGGGUGAAAAGAUCGCCAUGACUGCUCCUGUGGUGACAGCCCCAACAACAGCACCAGGCAAGACCACGAUGCAGUUCCUCCUGCCAGCAUCCCUCACACCAGCCACCACACCGAUACCCACCAACCCGGCAGUCACCAUUCAUCAGCUGCCGCCCCGCCUCCUGGGUGCCGUCACUUUCUCGGGCCUCACAACGCAAUCUGUGCUUCAGCACAAGUCACAGGAGCUGCGUUCUGCGUUAGAAGCAGCUGGUUAUAAGGCUUCUGGGGAUUAUGUGGUUGGGCGAUACAAUCCGCCGUUUACCCUGCCAUUAAUGAGGACAAACGAGAUCUUGUACCCCGUAGAAGGGUAA